CACAGCAACCAGCAGCACUGCAGCACAGCAACCAACAGCACUGCAGCACAGCAACCAGCAGCACUGCAGCACAGCAACCAACAGCACUGCAGCACAGCAACCAACAGCACUGCAGCACAGCAACCAGCAGCACUGCAGCACAGCAACCAACAGCACUGCAGCACAGCAACCAACAGCACUGCAGCACAGCAACCAACAGCACUGCAGCACAGCAACCAGCAGCACUGCAGCACAGCAACCAACAGCACUGCAGCACAGCAACCAACAGCACUGCAGCACAGCAACCAACAGCACUGCAGCACAGCAACCAACAGCACUGCAGCACAGCAACCAACAGCACUGCAGCACAGCAACCAACAGCACUGCAGCACAGCAACCAGCAGCACUGCAGCACAGCAACCAACAGCACUGCAGCACAGCAACCAGCAGCACUGCAGCACAGCAACCAGCAGCACUGCAGCACAGCAACCAACAGCACUGCAGCACAGCAACCAACAGCACUGCAGCACAGCAACCAACAGCACUGCAGCACAGCAACCAGCAGCACUGCAGCACAGCAACCAACAGCACUGCAGCACAGCAACCAACAGCACUGCAGCACAGCAACCAGCAGCACUGCAGCACAGCAAUCAACAGCACUGCAGCACAGCAACCAACAGCACUGCAGCACAGCAACCAGCAGCACUGCAGCACAGCAACCAACAGCACUGCAGCACAGCAACCAACAGCACUGCAGCACAGCAACCAACAGCACUGCAGCACAGCAACCAGCAGCACUGCAGCACAGCAACCAACAGCACUGCAGCACAGCAACCAACAGCACUGCAGCACAGCAACCAACAGCACUGCAGCACAGCAACCAACAGCACUGCAGCACAGCAACCAACAGCACUGCAGCACAGCAACCAACAGCACUGCAGCACAGCAACCAACAGCACUGCAGCACAGCAACCAACAGCACUGCAGCACAGCAACCAGCAGCACUGCAGCACAGCAACCAACAGCACUGCAGCACAGCAACCAACAGCACUGCAGCACAGCAACCAACAGCACUGCAGCACAGCAACCAGCAGCACUGCAGCACAGCAACCAACAGCACUGCAGCACAGCAACCAACAGCACUGCAGCACAGCAACCAGCAGCACUGCAGCACAGCAACCAACAGCACUGCAGCACAGCAACCAACAGCACUGCAGCACAGCAACCAACAGCACUGCAGCACAGCAACCAACAGCACUGCAGCACAGCAACCAACAGCACUGCAGCACAGCAACCAGCAGCACUGCAGCACAGCAACCAACAGCACUGCAGCACAGCAACCAACAGCACUGCAGCACAGCAACCAACAGCACUGCAGCACAGCAACCAGCAGCACUGCAGCACAGCAACCAACAGCACUGCAGCACAGCAACCAACAGCACUGCAGCACAGCAACCAACAGCACUGCAGCACAGCAACCAACAGCACUGCAGCACAGCAACCAACAGCACUGCAGCACAGCAACCAGCAGCACUGCAGCACAGCAACCAGCAGCACUGCAGCACAGCAACCAACAGCACUGCAGCACAGCAACCAACAGCACCGCAGCACAGCAACCAACAGCACUGCAGCACAGCAACCAGCAGCACUGCAGCACAGCAACCAGCAGCACUGCAGCACAGCAACCAACAGCACUGCAGCACAGCAACCAACAGCACUGCAGCACAGCAACCAACAGCACUGCAGCACAGCAACCAACAGCACUGCAGCACAGCAACCAACAGCACUGCAGCACAGCAACCAACAGCACUGCAGCACAGCAACCAGCAGCACUGCAGCACAGCAACCAACAGCACUGCAGCACAGCAACCAACAGCACUGCAGCACAGCAACCAACAGCACCGCAGCACAGCAACCAACAGCACUGCAGCACAGCAACCAGCAGCACUGCAGCACAGCAACCAGCAGCACUGCAGCACAGCAACCAACAGCACUGCAGCACAGCAACCAACAGCACUGCAGCACAGCAACCAACAGCACUGCAGCACAGCAACCAGCAGCACUGCAGCACAGCAACCAACAGCACUGCAGCACAGCAACCAACAGCACUGCAGCACAGCAACCAGCAGCACUGCAGCACAGCAACCAACAGCACUGCAGCACAGCAACCAACAGCACUGCAGCACAGCAACCAGCAGCACUGCAGCACAGCAACCAACAGCACUGCAGCACAGCAACCAGCAGCACUGCAGCACAGCAACCAACAGCACUGCAGCACAGCAACCAACAGCACUGCAGCACAGCAACCAACAGCACUGCAGCACAGCAACCAGCAGCACUGCAGCACAGCAACCAGCAGCACUGCAGCACAGCAACUAACAGCACUGCAGCACAGCAACCAACAGCACUGCAGCACAGCAACCAACAGCACUGCAGCACAGCAACCAGCAGCACUGCAGCACAGCAACCAGCAGCACUGCAGCACAGCAACCAACAGCACUGCAGCACAGCAACCAACAGCACUGCAGCACAGCAACCAGCAGCACUGCAGCACAGCAACCAACAGCACUGCAGCACAGCAACCAACAGCACUGCAGCACAGCAACCAGCAGCACUGCAGCACAGCAACCAACAGCACUGCAGCACAGCAACCAGCAGCACUGCAGCACAGCAACCAGCAGCACUGCAGCACAGCAACCAACAGCACUGCAGCACAGCAACCAACAGCACUGCAGCACAGCAACCAACAGCACUGCAGCACAGCAACCAGCAGCACUGCAGCACAGCAACCAACAGCACUGCAGCACAGCAACCAACAGCACUGCAGCACAGCAACCAGCAGCACUGCAGCACAGCAACCAACAGCACUGCAGCACAGCAACCAACAGCACUGCAGCACAGCAACCAGCAGCACUGCAGCACAGCAACCAACAGCACUGCAGCACAGCAACCAACAGCACUGCAGCACAGCAACCAACAGCACUGCAGCACAGCAACCAGCAGCACUGCAGCACAGCAACCAACAGCACUGCAGCACAGCAACCAACAGCACUGCAGCACAGCAACCAACAGCACUGCAGCACAGCAACCAGCAGCACUGCAGCACAGCAACCAACAGCACUGCAGCACAGCAACCAGCAGCACUGCAGCACAGCAACCAACAGCACUGCAGCACAGCAACCAACAGCACUGCAGCACAGCAACCAGCAGCACUGCAGCACAGCAACCAACAGCACUGCAGCACAGCAACCAGCAGCACUGCAGCACAGCAACCAGCAGCACUGCAGCACAGCAACCAACAGCACUGCAGCACAGCAACCAACAGCACUGCAGCACAGCAACCAGCAGCACCGCAGCACAGCAACCAACAGCACUGCAGCACAGCAACCAACAGCACUGCAGCACAGCAACCAGCAGCACUGCAGCACAGCAACCAACAGCACCGCAGCACAGCAACCAACAGCACUGCAGCACAGCAACCAACAGCACUGCAGCACAGCAACCAACAGCACUGCAGCACAGCAACCAACAGCACUGCAGCACAGCAACCAGCAGCACUGCAGCACAGCAGCUGA